AUGAAGACUCCUAAUUUUGGCUUCUGGUCGGACCUCCCUAUGGACAUCUUGAGAUCUGUGUUUGAACGUUUGAGUUUUGUGGACUUACACCGCGCUAAGAUUGUGUGCUUGAAUUGGUAUUCGUGUUCGAAACAAACGGUGCUCUGUAAAAGAAGACCUCCAUGGCUGAUUCUGUUUCCAGAGAAUGAUGUUUGUGCUCUGUAUAACCCGGAUGAAGCUAAGGUUUACAAAACUAAACGAGACUUUUCAGGGAUACGUUUCUUGGCAAAUUCAGGUGAAUGGUUCUUGGUUAUAGAUUCUAAAUCCAAGCUCUAUAUCAUUAAUUUGUUUAGCGAGAAAAAGAUCGAGCUUCCACCUCUAGAGUCAAUGACGAGUGAUAACUAUAGUCUUGAACGAGUCGGAGAUAGUAAAUUCAAGGAGGUAAGAUAUUCCUCAUCAGCUGUCAUGCAUUAUAAUGCGAAAGAUCUAAGAGGUCUUUUGUGGCUAGAUGAGAAGAAAGACGAGUACGUCGUAGUGUGGUACUUCAAUAAGAGUUACUUGUGUAUGAUUCACUAUAUAGCCGUUUGCAAGAACGGAGAAGAUCAUUACCGUGAGGUUUUAACAGGCGUGUGGUUACCAGGCCAAUGUCAUAUGGUGGUACUCGAGCGUGGUGGUGAUAGUCUUUACGUUUCAAUGAGUGAUCAAUAUAUGAAUAAACUGGAUUUGUUUGGACAAGAAGGUUCCGAAGAUUCGUCCAUGAUAUAUAGAUUAGUACCAUUUCAUUCGCCAGGUCCUCUAAGUGGUCAUAAAAAAACAGUUAGCAUUUACAAUGUUGUUACAAUAUCAGGAGAGGUUUUGUUGGUCGAGAACAUCUUUUGUGGAAGAACAAUGCGUAGGAUCUUCCGUCUAUACAAAAAGGAUCCUAAUCCAGACCCCGCUAGUAUCAUCGAAAACCAGAUCCCGUUUUUUGAGGUUGAUUCUCUAGGUGAUGAGGCCCUGCUUCUUGAUUUGGGUAUCACCGUGCCUGCUGACCAUACUCUUGGUAUCGAACCAAACUCCAUCUAUUUCACCCGUUAUGACUGUACUUUUAAGCGAGGCAAAAAAACUUCAUGCCCGGACAUAUGUGUGUUCAACCUUGCAACAAAGAACCUCAAACGCUUCCCUGGUCUCUCCAACUUAAAGCUCACCGAUGCUCGAUGGUUUCUCCCCUCAUGA